UCUCAUCCCACUUUUCCUUCUGUUUCUUCACUGUUCUUGUCGUCUUUUUAUUUCCUCUAUUCCCCUUUUGGUCUUCACCUAUUCCCCCCACCCCUACCCCUCUCUCUUUCUCUGCGUGUAUGUGCGCUUUCCACGCUUUAAGUUUUAAUUUUGGGGCUAAUAUUUUCUCUCCCUCUCUAUACUCUUUGCCUUCCUAGUUGCUGUGUUUUCUGGGGAAGACAGUUGCUAUUUCAGAAGUGUCUGUUCUGGUUUUAGUUAACACUAAACGAGGAAUCAAAACUCCCUUCACUUACAUACAAACACCUAAACUAGUCAAACACACACACACACCGCAACUCCGUUCUUUGGAUCACUGCUCUCUAUUCUGUCAUUAUGAACGAUUAUACACUCAUAUUUCUGAAGAUCAGUGCACCCUUUUAAGUUUCUUGUACAAAGUUUGAGUCUUUAGCAAUAGUCAUGGCAGGCAGUAACGAGAUCAACGCUAACGAAUCUAAGAGAGUGGUUCCACUUAAUACAUGGAUUCUUAUAUCCAAUUUCAAGCUGGCUUACAACAUGCUUCGUCGGUCUGAUGGCACGUUUAAUCGCGAUUUGGCUGAGUUCUUGGAAAGGAAAGUCGCUGCAAACUCGAUUCCAGUUGAUGGGGUUUACUCUUUUGAUGUUGUUGAUCGUGCUACAAGCCUGCUUAACCGUGUCUAUAGACCAGCCCCAAAAAAUGAGGCCGAUUGGGGUAAAGUUGAGCUUGAGAAACCUUUGAGCACCACAGAAAUAGUACCUGUCAUUAUUUUCUUCCAUGGUGGAAGUUUUACUCAUUCUUCAGCCAAUAGUGCUAUUUAUGAUACAUUUUGCCGUCGCCUUGUUAGCAUUUGCAAGGCUGUUGUUGUUUCUGUGAAUUAUCGACGAUCACCUGAGCAUCGCUAUCCUUGUGCUUACGAUGACGGAUGGGCUGCUCUUCAAUGGGUGCAAUCGAGGCCAUGGCUUCAGAGUGGAAAGGAUUUGAAAGUUCAUGUUUACUUGGCCGGUGAUAGUUCUGGUGGUAAUAUUGCUCAUCAUGUUGCUGUGAGGGCUGCUGAAGCCGAUAUUAAGGUAUUGGGUAAUAUUCUACUUCAUCCAAUGUUUGGUGGCCAAAAGAGGACCGAAUCCGAGAAGAGAUUGGAUGGUAAAUACUUUGUAACAGUUCAAGAUAGGGAUUGGUACUGGAGAGCUUAUCUACCAGAAGGGGAAGAUAGGGAUCAUCCUGCUUGUAAUAUAUUUGGCCCGAGGGGUAGAAGCCUCGAAGGACUUAACUUUACAAAGAGUUUAGUCGUUGUAGCUGGUUUGGAUGUUGUUCAGGAUUGGCAAUUGACUUAUGUUGAAGGUUUGCAGAAAUCAGGGCAUGAGGUGAAUCUCCUAUAUCUAAAGGAGGCAACAAUAGGUUUCUACUUCUUGCCCAAUAACGAUCAUUUUCGCUGCCUAAUGGAGGAGAUAACAAGCUUCAUCCAUCCUAACCAUUCAUAGAAACACUUUAACUUCAACUGAAGGCAGCUAUAUAUAACAGAAGCUUGACAUCUCACUCGGGGUUUUUUCCCCCUCGUCUGUAGUGAAUAUAAUGGUGUGUAGUUAUAAGAUUUUGUGUAGAAUUACGUCUAAUUAUUACUUGUCAACUUAUCACAUUGAUGAUAAGAGUGUCUACACCUUCUGGUGGCCGUUGCAGUUGUCAUUCUGCAUUUGAUGACUACUGUUAUUUCUUCUUGUUAAGUGGUGAAGGUGAUUUCUGAUGAAGUUUCGGCCUUUCGGGUGGGUGCCUGAGAAAUGUAACUUGUGGAAGAAUCUUGUUUUGAGCUUACCUUGGGAAGUUUUCUAGCAAUGGAAGGUGGAUGUAGAGUAUUUGAUAAGGGAGUAAUUUCUGGUGGUUUGUCAGUUGUUUCAAGCAUCUGGCCACUACCACUUAAAUGUACUAAUUUCAGAACAUGGAUUGGAAUAAAAUUCAUGAUGUUGUGGUCUUAAUUUGUAAUUUUAUAGUUGUGGUUUAGAAGAUAUAUAUAUAAGAUUUUGUUUGUUAAUUUU